GAUCAAUCAUUCGCCUCUGGCCGCGACUCUGCCACCAGGUAUAUAAAGCUUAGGAGCUUCCUGGCCGACAGCGACAGUUAAAUGAGAACCACCCAACCAACAUGAAGCUUCUCUGCAGUGUGCUAAUCCUCGCCAGCGUGCUGGCCGCUCAAGCCAUGCCGAGCGCCGUGCAGACGCAACUGCAGAGCGCCCUGGACCAGUACCUCGUGCACGCACGGGACUUUGAUGCCACCAUCUCAGCGGAUGAGACCACGCAGUGCUUCAACCUGUAUCUGCCGAUGCUGAACGAGGUGGCCGCCACCUUCUCCAGCUCGUACAGCUCCUGUGUGAAAACAGCCAACGCCGAGGCUGCCAAUCUGACCGCUGAGGCUGCCAAGCAGCAGACAAUCUACAAGCAGGAGGUCACCUCCCUCUGCAGCGCCUUCACCAGCUGCGACAGCGACAAUGACACCGGCACCUUCUUCAGCUGCUACGCCACAGCGGCCAACAGCGAUGUCGCCGUCAUCUAUGACAUUGCCACCAACGCCGCCACCUCGGCCAGCAGCCUCGCUGAGGGCUUAAAUGCCAUCCAGGACACGGAGUACCAGUGCACCAACACCACCGAGAGCAACUAUGUCCGCGACACGGCCGCCACAUACGAUCUGCUCGACAGUUGCCUCAGGUACGGCUUGCCGACGGUGUCCACUGCCGCGCCCGUCCCCUCUACAAACAGCCCCGUGGCUAGCUCGAGCGGGGCUCCUACCACUGUUGUCAGCACUGUGGCUCCAACAUCAAACGUUCCGGCCAGCAGCAGCGCCGCCGCACCAGUGAGCACCGCUGCCCCCGGCACCCCAGCCGCUGUGAAGACUCCCGCUGCCGCGGCCUAGGUCUCUCAGCACAAAUAAAUGAGCAUUCAAAAA